UCGCCUGCACUCUCUCACUGCGGCAGGAAGUUGGAUUACGGGCAAAACCAUUUGUGUGGUGCGCAAGAAAACAAGACAAUCCAAUCCACUUUGUUUGUUUUCACUUCGUGGAUGCCGUGUGAACUGGGAAUUAGCAAACCGAGCAAACCCAUCGAUUUUUGCGUUGCUGCUGCGCAUCCACACCGUUCUCCCCCUCGUACAGACGCAGCACUUCGGCGUGCCAAAGAAGCUUUGAUUACGCCAGACCGGCAAAACUUGCUGCCGACGAGUUAUGCUUUUUUUCUGCAGCGCUGCGCUUCUGUAAAAUUCCACGUUUCCACGUUUUUCAAAGGGCGGCCAUCAACCUUCCAGAACGACUCUGACUUCGUGCCCACUGCCGUUAACCGCACGGGGAAACGGGACGACGCCAAUCGCUCGGUGAAGAUGCAAAAAGAGUCUGAGGAGAUACUACCCACACCGACGGAUGAGGGUGAAGAAGAGCCGGAGGACUGUGAUGGGAUGCCUGUUUUUAACCUGCACGUGGAGGGACGAUGGGAUGAACCUAUUGCAAUUAAACAAGAGCCGGCUGAAGAGUCCUCGUCUGCUUCGACCUCCGAGAGCUGGGACUGUGCAAACGCCGAUGAACCGUACUUCUCCCACGAGCACCCGAAUGUGGGCCAGACGACCCUCGUUCUUGCGAAGAAAGAGCCUGAGGAUUUCCUGCCUACUUCAGUGGGUCAAAGCAUGCAGUCCGGUGACCAGGGUAGUGCGUCCACCUCUGGGCUGCACUUGCAGGGACACUGGGACAAUGCAGUUGCAAUAAAAAAAGAGCCAGUUGAUGAUUCAACCAUCUAUCCUGAGGACAGCAACAGCCAGCUCAACUUCCAAGAAAAGCAAAAAAGCCGGCAGAAGGAGGCACAUCCAUGCAAGAAAAGUAGCAAGCUUCGGUGCCGCUUUUGCUCCUACACCAGCAGCACAAAGUCUCACGUGAUUGCUCAUGAGAGGACACACACAGGGGAGAGACCUUUCACAUGCAGCAUCUGCCAGAAGGCAUUCAAGCAGAAGAUCCAUUUGAAGGGACAUGAAAAGACUCACAUGGGUGAAAAACCUUUCGUGUGCAGUUUUUGCCAGCAGACGUUCAUGCAGAGAAUACACCUGAAGAAUCACGAGAGGACUCACAAAGGGAAGAAACUUUUCACGUGCAACGUCUGCCAGCGGACGUUCAGACAAAGGGCCAACCUGAGUCAUCACGAGAAGAUUCACACGGGCGAGAAACGGUUUCAGUGCCUCACCUGCCAGGAGGAGUUUUUGCUCAAGGCAGAACUGAACGAACACAGGAAAAGAAACAUGUGCAAAAAACAGUUUCAGUGUGGAACGUGCGGAAUGUGGUGCAAAAGAAACACCCUGAUGACUCAUUUAAGGACACACAUGGGGAAAAAGCUCUUCAAGUGUAGUUUGUGCGGAAAGGCAUUUAAGCGGAACCACCCUUUAAUGACCCACCUAGAGAAAUGUCACAUGAAGAAAAACAUGUUGCCAUGAUGCCUCCACUAUACUCGUCCAACAGUUCUCUAGUUGGUCUGAACUUGAGUUUGUAUCCUGCACAUACUACCAGGGUGUCGAACCAGUCACUAUUUGGGUUCAGGUUCAGCAGCUUCAUAUUUUGUUUUGGUUUAUUUCAGUUGUCCGUUCAGCCAUGCAAAAUACAUGUUUGGUUACUAGUUUCAGCGGCACAAACCGGUUCACCAAAUACCUUAGACAAUGGCCACCCACGUAUUGCCUGUAGCUUUUGCCGAGUAUGCGCUACUUGCAGUAGCCGGACAUAAAAAUGGUGUAAUGUGUUCAUCACACCAAAAUAACCUUACAGAAGGAGAAAUACAUGUACUGUCAAGAUUGGUUAUAACAAAGUCUACGUGAAUCUGA